AAUCUGAUAGAAAUUUGCGAUUCCCUCUUUCAAAUUAUAAGUUAAUAUUUACAUGAUCCUUAAAUCACUAUAUCUCCAUCAUUCAGGGACCUAGAUCCAUACCACAACGUCCAUUUGAAGCAGCCGACGAGUCGGCCAUCGCAGUACCAGUCGCUUAGCCUUCCAGACCUAUGGCCAUACUGGCACCUUCAGUGACCACAAUCCGUCCAGAGGGAUGCUCUGAUUUAGCCCUUUUGUCGGUUGUCCCUAUUCCGACGGACGUCCGUACUAUAAUUGCACAGGCUGUUGACCAAUCUUUCCCCGACCUGGGAUCAGACUUGCUUGACAGUCUCCUUCAAGCCAUUGGUGGUCUUUUGUUUCACAUGUCUUCAGAGUCGGCUGCUACCUCCAUUCUUCACCAGUUGAUGGAGCGACUAUCUGAACUUCGGAAUGAAGUUUUGUUUGCUCAAAUUCUGACAACUGGAGCACCCUUGCCCGACUUGGACCAAAUAAGUCUGGAGGCUUCCUUGACCAAAAUCAAGGAAUCUAUUCAACAUGCGCCUGGCCGACUAGAAGGCCUUAACAAUGCCAAGGCAAAAAUAGAGGGAUCAAUCCAACAAAAAGAAGCAGAACUGAGGGCACUUUAUCAAGAAGAGUCUGUCCUGGAAGGCCACAUAAGCGACGAGCAACGCCUGAUUGAUCGGUACAAGACCAAUGCAGCCAACCUGGACCAGGAAUUAAAGAUUCACGCCCGAUCCAAACUCAUAAGGCAAUAUCAGUCGGCUGCCAAUAACAGGCGACUUUCCAGAACAGAAGACAAAUAGUCUCAGAUUAAACUUGUUCUAGGAUCUCUUUUGUAAAAUUUUGGAAACCUUGACUUAGUAAAUAAAUUUUUCUCCUUUUAUUAAGGAU